ACGUUUUCUGCCCUCACCUGCUCUUCCAGGCGAUAAACAUUUCCCACUUCGCCUGGCAUACGUGCUCUCAUGACACAGAUUCAGUCAGAGACACUGCAUGGCGCAGAUGUCGAGAACUAUGCUGCGGAGCCAGUCUCCUCUGGCGAUGGCAUCUCCAAGAAGCCCUUGAAUAGCGCCGAUGCCUUGGAGAUCGCCAUCGGGGAGAGUAGUACCGUUGAGUACACCAUUGACUCCGACAACUCCCCAUACCUGGAAGUACGGGCCAACGUGCCAAACACCGACGACCCCACACUGCCCGUCAACACGUUUCGAAUGUGGUUCCUUGGCAUUGUUUUCACUCUGAUCGGCACGGGUGUGAACCAGUUCUUCUCCAUGCGAUAUCCGAGCGUGACCAUCACCUCGCUCGUGGCGCAGCUUAUCAGUUAUCCGGUGGGUUGCGCCUUCGCGAAGGCUCUACCCAUCACGAAGUACAGAAUUGGGCGGUGGGAACUGGAUAUCAACCCGGACCAUCAUUUCAACAUCAAAGAACAUGCGGUGAUCACGAUAAUGUCGAAUCUCAGUUUCAAUCAAUCAUGGGCCAGUGCGAUCAUUCAAGCACAGAAAGUGUACCUCAACAUGUCGACCCCAGUCGGCUACCAGAUCUUACUCUCCCUGACCAUGCAAUUGUUCGGGCUGGGCCUUGCUGGCCUGACCUACCGCUAUAUCGUUGAGCCACCGCAGAUGAUCUGGCCUUCAACACUUGCCAAUGUUGCACUUUUCCAAACACUGCACAGUGGGGCUAAUCCUAUCGCCGACGGCUGGAAGAUCUCUCGAUACAGGUUCUUUCUGUAUGUCUGCAUCGGGAGCUUCUGCUGGUAUUGGUUCCCUGGGUAUAUCUUCACGGGCCUGAGUACUUUUGCUUUUAUCUGCUGGGCGGCUCCUAACAACAAAGUACUGAACAACCUGUUUGGAAUGACGACUGGUCUCGGCUAUCUACCCACCACGUUUGACUGGAGCCAGAUCGCAUACAACACAUCGCCGCUGACCAUCCCAUUCUGGGCCCAGGCCAACGUAUUUGCGGGAUGGUUCUGUCUGUUCGCCGUGGCAGCGCCCAUUCUCUACUACACCAACACCUGGUAUACCGCGUACCUGCCUCUGACGAGCUCUGACGCGUACGACAACACUGGAAACCUCUACAACUCAAGCCGUAUCCUGGACGAAGCCGGCACGUUCGACGAGGAGAAGUACAAAGCGUACAGCCCGAUCUUCCUGCCCGUCACCUUCUCUCUCAGCUACGGAGUGGGCUUCGCUGUCCUGAGCUGCCUGAUCACGCACGUCCUGCUAUACCAUACAAAAGACAUAAUCAGCACGUUCAGAGGCCAGAGCAAGAAAGACAUCCACGCGAGACUCCUGUCCCGGUACCCGGAUGUUCCUUGGUGGUGGUAUGCGGUGCUCACGGUUGUCAUCGUGGGUCUUUCCAUCAUGACUCAGUACGUUUGGCACACGGGACUUCCCUUCUGGGGUCUCUUCAUCACGCUGGCUCUGGCAGUGAUCUACGUGAUUCCCGUCGGGACGGUGUAUGCAAUUGCCAAUCUUAACAGUAACAACUUGACGGGGUUGGGUGAGAUUAUCUGCGGAUACCUUCUUCAGGGGAAGCCCCUUGUGCUGUUGAUUUUCAAGUUCUACGCAUACACCGGCUUGAGCCAAGCAAUGUACUACGCAGCAGACAUGAAGCUGGGGCUCUACAUGAAAAUCCCCCGCCGGACCCUCUUCGUCGCGCAGCUCAUCGCCUGCAUCCUCGGCACUCUAACCCAAAACGGCGUCCUCCUCUGGAUGCUAGGCCACGUCAAAGACGUCUGCUCCGAAGACCAACCGGACAACUUCACCUGCCCCCAGGGCCGAGUCAACUACAACAGCGCCGUCUUCUGGGGAGCCAUCGGCCCCGCGCGCCUCUACAACAUCGGAGCCAUGUACUCGGGCCUCCUGCACUUCUUCUGGCUGGGCGCCCUCCUCCCGAUCCUGACCUUCUUCGCCCGCAAGAAGUAUCCCAACUCGCAACUCCUGAAAGCCAUCCACUGGCCGAUCUUCUUCGCGGGAACGGGGAAUCUGCCUCCUGCUACCGGGAUCAACUACUCCACCGCCUUCGUGGUGAGUUUCAUCUUCAACAAGCUCAUCAAAACCCGUCGCCCCCACUGGUGGGCCAAAUACAACUACGUGCUCUCGGCGGCGCUGGACUCGGGCGUCGCCGUCGCCGCCAUCGUCAUCUUCUUCGCCCUGACCCUACCGGGGGUCACGUUCGGCUGGUGGGGUAAUACUGUUAGUGGCGGGACGGUCGACGGGAAGGGGACGCCGUGGUUGGAGCUGCGCGGGAACGAGACGACGUUUGGGCCGAGGGUUUGGGGCUGAUAUAUAUCCUAUAUCUACUGUCCGGGAGGCUGGGUUUGGGU